GCCCACCGAGAGGGGUCUUCAUUCAUCUUUUCAUUAAGCGCAUCUCCGGGAAGCGUAGCGCGGCUCGCUCGUGUUCAGGGGGAAUAAAUAAUGUCAGUGGGCAGAUAGAGCGCUGUGGGUGUGAUUUCGGUGUGUGGUGUUGGUGGUGGUGGGUUUAUGGUGUAGUGUAGACUGACCGGAGGCUGACUGCUCGCUCCGUGGGCUUCUGCUUGUCACCGGGCGCGCGCGCGUUAGAGAGAGCACCGCGGGGCUGCGGGGGGAGAUGCAGCGGCAGCGGGCGGAGCAGCGGCCAGACUCGGACUGAUGAUGGCCAGCUCACACACCCGGCUCAGUUAAAACCAGCGGAGGCGCGCGGAGGCCACUCAGUCUCAGCGGCAGCGGGAGGACAAAUUGGCUUAUCCUCUCUCUCUUUCUAUCUCUCUCUCUCUCUCUCUCUCUCUCUCUCUCUCUCUCUCUCUCUCUCUCUCUCUCUCUCUCUCUCUCUUUCUUCUCUCAGGAUUCAGAAGGAACGGCGAGUCAACAUGGGGGAACAGCCUAUCUACAGCACGCGGGCGCACGUCUUCCAGAUCGACCCCAGCACCAAGAAGAACUGGGUGCCCACCAGCAAGCACGCCGUCACUGUCUCCUACUUCUACGACAGCACCAGGAAUGUGUACAGGAUCAUAAGCCUGGAUGGGGCAAAGGCUAUAAUAAACAGCACCAUCACCCCCAACAUGAGCUUCACGAAAACGUCGCAGAAGUUCGGCCAGUGGGCAGACAGCCGCGCCAACACGGUGUACGGCCUGGGCUUCUCCUCCGAGCAUCAUCUGGCCAAGUUUGCAGAGAAGUUUGCGGAGUAUAAGGAGGCCGCUCGCCUGGCGAAGGAGAAGUCUUUAGAGAAGAUGGAUAUGGCCAGCUCUCCCUCUCAGGAAUCACCUGCUGAUAUUCACUCUCCUCUGACCCCGCCCGUCACCGCUGACCUCUGCCGGUUGAACGGUACGGGCGACGAUGUCACCUUGUCUGAUGCGUCGCCGAAUUCGGAGCUGCAGUCAGAUCUGUCCCCCACGACCCCGACACUCGCGCACAGCCCCACCGCCAACAAGCACUGGGAAGCGGAGUUAGCGGCGCUGAAGAGCAACAAUGCUAAGCUAACGGCAGCACUGCUGGAGUCCACAGCAAACGUCAAGCAGUGGAAACAGCAGCUGGCGGCUUAUCAGGAGGAGGCUGAGAGGCUUCAUAAAAGGGUGUCGGAACUGGAGAGUCAAAGCAGUCAAGCUAACGUGAUCAAGUCCCAGAAAACAGAGCUCAACCAAACUAUAGAGGAACUGGAGGCCACACUGAAGGCUAAAGAGGAGGAAAUGGAGCGCUUGAGAGAGGAAGUGGAAAACGGCAAACAGCUACAGUCACAGAAAGAGACACUUGAACGGAAGCUAGAGGCUACGGACUCGCGGAACAAGGAGCUGGAGGAGCAGUUAGCGGACGUGGAGCAGCGUCUGGAGGCCAGUCAUCUGGAGCAGGAGAGCUUCCGCAAGAGCCUGAAAACACUGCUGGAGAUUCUGGACGGCAAGAUCUUCGAGCUGACCGAGCUGAGGGACAACCUGGCCAAACUCAUAGAGGACAGCUAGAAGCCUUCACUUUCACCUCUGCCUCAAAACCUGUACCUGGAGGUACACAGAGACAAGAACGUACAAAAAAACACAUAAAUUCUCAGCCAAGACCGCUCCGGUGCAGUCCAGUCCGGUCCGGUCCUGAUGUACUUUUACUCAAAGCCUUCUCGUCUGGAGGACUCGUUCUUAAUAUACUUAAUUAAACCGUGUGAUGAGCAUUGGGUUGCACUUGAAUUUGUACUUUUUAGGUGGGUAAUAUAUUUCUUCAGUGCCACUGCUACCUACUUAGGUGAUAUUGCCCAUGUAAUACUUUUAUUCUACUGAUACUUUCUUACUGUUUCGUUUCCUUAUUGUUAUUAACCUAUAUACAGGUAGUAAUCCUAGUGAAAAGUAGGCGGCCUACAAAGACGAACACGGCUGCACGUAGGCUCUUCCUUUCAAAGGUGCUGGUUUUCGCGUGCCUGGUUUAAUUGGCAUUACAGGACAUCAACUAUGCUGCUGAGGACACUGAAAUCAAUCACAACCACUGGAUCGUCCGUCACGCUUCACGACAGGAUGUUCCGAGCCAUAUAUUGUAGCCAGACCCUGUCGGCUUGCCUCGUCACCUUCAAGGAAACUGCCUCAACGUUCAGUCGAAGCUUCAGGAUGUUCUGCCGCUGACUUCUCGACAACAAACUACUCAAAACAAGAGACCUUAGGAAGCCACCAAACACCAAACUCUUAGAUGCAGGUGUGGCACACCGGCCUGUAAUGUACAAUGAGCAAUAUUAGAACGAGUCUUUAUGCCACCUCAGUGUAUUUAUCAGGUAUUCCAGCUAAUCUAUGGACUAAUGUGGUUUAGUGGAUAUACCCCUUCUAGUCCCUCUCAGACCAAUUCUAAUGCUUUCAGGCUCUGCCGGCCUUAGUCUACACACUUUUCAGCACUUACCGUUUCAUUUGAUGAGGACUCUUCUUUCGUUUUUCUUUUUCUCGAAUUUACCAAAUGCAGUGUGCUCAGCGUACAGUUUGAAGGGUAUGUAAUGUGUUAUUAUGAACUGUACUUGAUGAUGGGUAAAGCUACAUAGAGCACUGUCUAUAGGAUUGUAUUUAUAGGUGGGGGAAUUUCAAUUUUGUUUCCCAACAUUAAUAAAAAACAUUCAAAAAUA